AUGGACUCGGUAGAAUUCAGAAGACGAGGCAAGGAAAUGGUGGACUACAUAGCCAACUAUAUGGACACACUCGCGGGGCGGAGGGUCACACCGGAAGUAGAUCCUGGAUACCUAAGAAAUAAACUUCCAGGGAAACCGCCUCGAAAAGGGGACAAAUUUGAAGAUAUAAUGAAUGAUGUUGAAAAAGCAAUCAUGCCCGGCAUAACCCACUGGCAGCAUCCACACUUCCAUGCCUACUUCCCAGCUGGAAAUUCCUUCCCCUCCAUUUUGGGAGACAUGUUGUCUAAUGCGAUUGGCUGCGUUGGCUUUUCAUGGGCUGCAAGUCCCGCCUGCACUGAAUUGGAGACUCUUGUGUUGGACUGGAUAGGAAAAUCAAUAGGUCUGCCAAAACAAUUCCUGCACGAAGAAGGAACCGGAGGAGGGGUCAUACAGGGGUCGGCCAGCGAAUGCGUCCUGGUGAUGUUGUUGGCUGCUCGACACAAGGCCAUUAGACAACUGAAAGCGGAGCUCCCUUACAUCGAGGACGGCAUUCUCCUCUCUAAGCUGGUAGCCUAUUCAUCCAAACUGGCACAUUCUUGUGUGGAGAAAGCUGGGAUGCUUGGCUUUGUCAAAAUGAGACAACUUGACGUUGAUGAACAUUACUCACUAAGGGGACACGUGCUAGAAAGAGCAAUAGAGGAGGAUAGGCGUCUUGGACUUAUACCCUUUUUUGUGUGCGGUACCCUCGGCACUACAGCGUGUUGUUCGUUUGAUAAUGUUUCGGAGCUGGGGGAAGUAUGUGCACGUGAACACGUCUGGUUGCACAUUGAUGCGGCUUACGCCGGAAAUGCCCUGAUUUGUCCGGAAUUCAGGUUUCUUACGAAGGGAAUCCAGAACGUUACCUCAAUCAACUUUAAUCCCAAUAAAUGGCUUCUAGUAAACUUUGAUUGCUCUCUGCUGUGGAUUAUUGACAGGACCUUGUUAACUUCAUCGAUGACGGUGGAUCCCCUGUAUCUACAGCACAAACAUGAUGAUAAAACAGUUGAUCUUCGGCACUGGGGUAUUCCCCUCAGUAGACGCUUCCGGGCUCUAAAGUUGUGGUUUGUUUUACGGACGUACGGCAUUGAAGGACUGCAAGCUCAGAUUCACCUGCAUGUGAAAUUAGCAAAAUUAUUUGAAACGUACGUAAAGAACGACGCUCGAUUUGAAUUGCUGGGAGAUGUCAAAAUGGGUCUCGUGUGCUUUCGAUUAAAGGGACCGAACUCGCUGACCGCCAAAUUACUGCAUAUGAUAAAUGAAUCUGGAAAACUUCACAUGGUACCCGCUCUGUUGAACGAAGUUUACGUCAUACGAUUCGCUAUCUGCGCACAAAAUGCAAAAGAGGAUGACAUUGAAUUCGCUUGGAAAGUUGUUUCAACGGAAGCCAGUUCUCUGUUGAUGGAACGAGAAUAUAUCGAAAAUGGAAUCAAUUUUGAGAAAGUAGAAGUUGCAGAGCAGAAAAAUACCGAUAUUGAUGACGUAUUUCCCGAUUUUGAUGACGAAUUCAUUUUCGAUCAACAGAAAAGUAAUUUACAUCGGGCUCGACUACGUAGAAGUUUGUUCAUGAGAAUGGUUUCCGAUCCUAAAUGUUAUAAUCCCAAGGUUCUGAAGGCUCUGUGUAUAGACAAGAAGAGAACGACAAGUUCAUCGUCAGACGAGGUUGUGGAUUAAAACAAACCAAGAAUUAGAAAAACAGACAGAAAAUAGUCAUAUUAGUGAAUUAAGCAUUGGAAUGUUUUAGAUGUUAUUGAAUCCCACUUGAAAAUGUAAUGGUCCAUAAAUGUUCUUGAUUCUUGGAGUGAUCUCCGCGUGAAAACAUGACUGAUAAAUCAGUAAUCUCAAGAUGAGUUUUUUUUUCGGUGAAUGUUGGAUACGGUUCUGAUAUUCCGGAUAGAAAGAGCGAUAAACACAUAUUCAAGUAAGGAAAAAGGACAGCUGGUUAAACCAAUGUGUACCAUGUAUUUAUAUCAAUCAACCGAUACGGGUGAUUUCUCGUAAUAAAGGUGUUGUAUAAGUUU